GUUUAUUACCGCGCCUUUGUUGGUUGAACGUACGCUACGUCCUUUCGUGUUUUGAGUCUGAAUUAUGCGAAAAUACGACAGCAAAAGUGCCGAAUCUAAUAGCGGAUGGAUUUGAUACGUGGGUGACGAUGUCUAGAAGUAUCUAGAAGGGUUCGUACUCCUCCGUGAAGCGCGGCAUCGUGUGUUCGUUGUGUCGAUCGUGUCGCUUAAAGUUUUCGCGCGCGCGUAUUCGCCUGAACACUUCGAAGGGAUACUUUAGCCUCGCAAAAGAAUGAGUUGUUUUGUCUGUAUUCGUUGUGUUUCUGUAGAUAUUCAUUCAAACGGCUCUCGCCGCUGUCGGUGCUAUCUCGGGUGAUAGCUGCGUUUCGAUGUACGUUGUCGCUACUAAAAAUUUAUACUUUACAUUACUGUAGAUUUUCAGUACCGGCAUUUCGGAAUGCUGCCACAUGUCGCGAUCGUCGCGUGACGUCAUGUGUCGGUAUAUGUUCUCCUUGUCGCGCCAUGUUUACCUUUAAUUCAACGUUGAUCGGAUGCUCCGCAGUACUUUUCGCGUUUUUCAAGUGCAUAUCAUAGCAUAAUACAUAGAAAUUAUUGUAUUUUUAACAUGCUUCUUCACGCAGCGUUGUUAAUAUCUGCAUCGCGGUAAGUUAAUUAUUCUCUCGUGCGCGUUUCGUGUUGUAAUCGCAUUUGUGUGAUGUAUCGUCCGUAUAACACCGGGGGUGGCGAAUAAAACAUCGGACAGUCGUGAUUAGUGUGCGAUUCUAGAAUUGCAGACCGAGAUGUCAGCAAAAUUUCAACGACAAGGCAGCAUCCGGCAUGGAGCAACUCGACUCAACUUCCCGGAAAGGAAAUGCAGUAGUAGUAGCAGCAGCAGUAUUCGCAACAACAACCAGUAUGUACAAAUAUAUCGGCGUAGAUGAGAAAACCUCGGUGCAAACGAGAGUUCCGAACAAUGAUUUAUCGCUGCGAGAAUUCCCGAGGAACUUGAAAUCGGACGCGAAGACGAAGAAGAUCUUUCGCUUCUGCAAUUUACCGCACGAGAUUGCCGCAGACACUGAAGGGAGGCUCGACGGCAACUUGACACUGAGCGGCAUCCUGAUCUUCAUCCGUCACGGCGACCGGGGUCCUCUGACGCACAUACGGAACAUAAGCAGCAUCAAUUGCGGCGGCGGCGAGUUCGGCGCCACGGGCGAGCUCGAGACCAUCUACGAGAACUACGUGAGCUUCGUGCAGAACGCCUCGAGCUACUCGCGGGCCGCCUGGGCCCAGUUCCUGGGCCCGUUCCACGGCCUCCCCGUGCUGCCCACGAACGCGCGCGACUGCAGGAUCGGCCAGCUCACUACUCUCGGCGUCCUGCAGCUGCUGAAGACCGGGGUCGCCCUGAGAAACGCGUACUAUCACCGGCUCAACCUCGGAAACGGCACGUCGUACGGCAGGGACGUUAUCGUUUACAGUACCUCCUAUCGCAGGACCGUGCAGAGCGCGGUCGCGUUGCUGUACGCCCUCUUCGAGAACGACGGCUUCCAGAGCCUGGCGAGGAUCAACCUGCAGGAGAGCCAGAGUUACGCAUUCUGCAGCAACGAGUGCGCCUGUCCCGCCGCCGAGAAGUUCCUGAAGCAGCACUUGAAGGAGACCUCCAACCAUCUGAAAUCCCAUCCGGCCGUCGGAGAGCUGAUCAAGCAGGCGGCGAGCGCCGUUUUCGAACUUCCGGACCAGGCGCAGACGUGCGAUCCGAACACGCUGAGGGACGCUCUGUUAACGUACGUCUGUCACGGCGCCUCGCUGCCGUGCGCGGAUCUCGACGCCCAGCGCACGUGCGUGAAGAGCGACCACGUUACCGGACUGUUCGCCUACACGGACUGGGAGUCGAAGCAGGUCGCCAAGAGCAGCAGCCGCAACAAGUACGGGCUGCUCAAGGCGUACGGGAUGCUGCGAGGCAUCGUCACCUUCAUGCUGCGCAUCAUCUCCGAGUCCCGGCCCAAGAUCGUCCUCUAUUCCGGCCACGACAAGACCUUAGAGUACCUCGCCACCGCGCUCGGCGUAGUCUCGGACGUGGCGACCCACUACGCCUCGCGACUCGUCAUCGAAGUCUACAAGAUCAAUCCGCGGAACGACAAUCGCCUCGCCAGCGAUUUUUACUUCCGCAUCGUCGCCAACGGCCGAGAUCUCACGCCGAGAGUGCCGUUUUGCAGGAAUGCGAACACCUACGUCAACGAUGACGGCGAAUUUACGGGCAAGAAGAGCGGCGUCAAGUUGUGCCCGAUAGAAAAUAUCGUCAGACAACUUCACGACGAUUACUUCGUGCCGUUCAACGCGACGAAUUUUAAGGACGCAUGUUCUAGUCAUAAGAUUCGCUAAAAUUAAUAACGAGCACAUCUUGUUAGCUCGUAAAACAAGAUCGAGUCGGUAGAAAAAUAGGCGAGUUAAAAGGAAUGAGCGAGAGACAUAUACACAUACUCAUCUUCAGUGAUAGUAUAAAUACUUUAUCCUCGAAAUUAGAACUUCAAGACUUUAGCACUUUUUUAGAUUCUCUAUCUCUUUGUAUUCUGAAUAUAAUGGGCGUUCAACCACUAUAUUCGUAAACAUUGAACACGAAGGAAGAGAAAAAUUGCUUUAACGCAGUCUAAAGUUAGGUAUUAUAAUGUUCUCUUAAAACUGGCAAAUUCGUCCCAGAAAAAUAAGUAAAAAUAAGUAGAAACGAAGAGUGGAGAAGCGCGUAUGACACGUAAAGCCAGUCUCUCGUUAUAGAGAUCAAAAGUUUAUGACUUUACAAGGAUGAAUUCUUACCGAUUCUUUUUAAUUCACCUACUUCUCGAAUGGUAUAUCAAGCGGAUCUUGAAUAAGUUUCCAACUUGCACUAUGCAUUAUAGAUAAAUAAGCCGAUGUGAAAGUAAUUAUUAAUACUAACGUUCAAAAUACAUCUGCGGAGAACUAUUUCUUCAAUUUUCCUAACGAAUUUCUCUUAAACGCGGCGUAAAACGCAACUUCACCACCUAACAAGAAAGUAUUUUACUUCUAUCAAUAAUCAGAUACAUAAGAUUGACAUUCUUUUGACAUUCGGACAAGCUCAGUUCAAAUUUUUUUACAUCUCGCUAUAUCGACGCACAGUUAACGAAAUUUAAGAGUGGGAGCACAGACUUUUGCAUAACGCAUAAGAAAAUUAAUCAGUCAGAGUUCUUCAUUUCUAUCAUGAAGAGGGAAAUAAAGCUUCUUGAUUGAUUGAUUCUCUUAUGCAAGAGUCUGUACCCCUGCUUUAAGAAAUUAUAAUAAAAUUGAAGAAAAACAAGAAAAAAGAGAGUGCAUAAAAAAAAGUUGUCAUUUUAGCAAGAAGCAAGCCUUAACUUUAUAGAUAUAUAUAUCUAAAACUUGAAAUUAACGUAUCUUUAGAUAAAUUUAGAAAAAUAGCGCUAAUGAAAACCGAUUAGUCGAUUAUUAUAUAUUUUAUCAUACACUCUAUUGUAUAUAUGUAAAUAUAUAUAUAUAGUGCUUUAGAAAUAUAUAUAUAUAUAUAUACUAAAAACGUGGUCGCGUGUCUCUCCCCAACUAUUAACACGUAGUACAAUUACAACAAGACGAAAAUAACGAAUAAAAUUGAGUGUUUUAAUUUUUUACGAGUGUCACUGUUCUGUUUCACGUCAGUUUUCAUAUUGAAUAAGAAUUAGACGUAUUAAAAAAAUUGAUUCUUUAUUACAGAUAUCAGGAAAACGACAUGCAACUUGCGAUAUAUAAAAAGCUUAUUACAAUCAGUUGAUAAAUAAAUAAUGAACGCGUUUUACGACGUACAAGGCACGCAGGUUCACAUAUUUAUUAUACUACUUACAAUAUAUCUAUAUAACUUACGUAAUAACAAUACGUCGUAAAAGCAACGUCUGGCUUAAAGCCGAUUAUGAUUUUCGCAGAAAUUGCUUUUACUUCGCUAACAUCCGAUAAAAGCCUCUCUCGUGUCUUACAACGCUAAAACCUACUUCACAUGCACGCAUCCUUCUUACUUUAUUAAUAAACGUCUUAUUAUUAAUGUUUUUCGCAAUUCACAAAUGACGCUUCGAGAUUGCGUCAUCAAGAUCAGUAAGAGAAAAAUAGGAUCAAUCAAAGUCUCACAUGAAAAAUGAUAAUGAGUUAAAAAUAUAUAAAAACCGGCAGUUUAUUACAGAGUCCAUAUAAAUGCCCAGCUUCAAUUAUUUCCGGUCGAGCUGACGAAAUUCACAUUCUCACCAUUAGUUGUUGAUAAUUAGAGGGAUGCAGAACGUGCAGUCGAACGGAAAUAGAAAUCCCAUGCAGAUCGAUCGUCGACGAUUGCAAUUUAGUUACACAAUACAGAGCGCGUUUAUCAAAAAUGAAAAACAUAAUAAAUGAUAAAAUAGCUUCGCAAUUCAGUUUCACAUUACGAAAGUGUACGGUUUCAAGAACAAAUAUAUGUCUCAAGCUGAAUAAGAGAAUUUUAAUUUUAAGUGUUAUAAUUCAAUAGAAAAAUCUAACUAAGGUUUUAAGUUAGUCAAAUGUACAUAUUCAGAAAUUUAAAAUCAGUCACGUGUCAAGUAUUUACUUGUGUCCAAAAAUCUAAAACAAAAAAGAAGCCACGGACUUACUAAUAAACUAUUUUAAAAAACGCGAACUGUAUUGUAUGCUACUUGAACAAUUAUAUGAUAUUCAUAAUAUUAACACUGUACAGCUAAAUUUCUACGAUCUGUAAGUCUAAAAAUAUACAUAUAACGUUAUUCUGAGA